AGAGUCCCGGAGACCCACUUCCAGGAUAAUCCGUUGUGUAUCGGUUCAUUCUCUGGAUACGAGGUGUCUGCCCUCCCCUCUAGCAGAUUGGAAAUCGAUCGUCCCGUCGGCUCUUCGUAAUACUGUAUUGGCUUAGACUGUCAGCGUUGGAUUGAGUCUUUGCACGUUCUCUGCAGCACGAAUUUUGCCGCUAGAACGAUGUCAAGCCUUAGCGCGCAGCUGUCUCGCACAGUGGUUCCCAGUCUCAAGUCCGACUUGCUCCGUCAUGAGCCGGUGACCUCCAAGAGGGCAGUCGCUUCUGCGCCUUAUCGCAGGAGAUUCGCGCGGUCGUCGCGCACUCUCGUCGCAGUCGCACAGUCGUCGCAAUCGUCGCCUACGUCGCUUAGAGACCAAGCUGACGCCAACGCCGCAGCUGCGAUCGUCACUUCCGUCGGGCCCAGCGACACUUUCGUACAGAGCCUCGUCGCGAAGUUUUCCCUCCCUGCCCCGUCAGACGCGGCAUUCCCUGCGGCUGCAGCUCUCGGGCAGCUCAGAAAUGUUUCCUCCGAGGCUGCCCGUGUUCUGCGGUGGCCGGGCCGCAAGGAUGAGGAGUUUCGCUUCACGGACUUAAAAUCUCUCCGCGCGCUGCUCGAUAAGGCUUUAGGAGAAGGCGCUGCGGCAGGGCUCGAGUCGCAGGUGGUUUCAGCAGACGCUCUAGCGGAAUACACGCUGGAGGAGGCUAAAAACAGUCGAAUUGUCGUAUUCGACGGCGCUAUUCGACCGGAGCUGUCGGAUUUGACGGGAAUCCCGGCGGGAAUCACGGUGAAGCUGUUGAGCCAGCUGAACGAGGCGGAAGUGGAGCGAUUCGUGGUGCCGAAUCUUGGCAGAUUUUCCGCACAAGCCGAUCUCUUCGCCGCCCUCAACGGCGCCUCUGCCGCCGACGUCCUCGUUAUUGCCGUCCCCUCUAACGUCAAGCUCCCCAACCGCCCCAUCCACAUUGUCUACGCCGCUUCCGCCGCAUCCCCCGCGCUCGCUUCCCCGCGCCUGCUGGUGGUGGCGGAAGCGGGCGCGGAGGUGGAGGUAGUGGAGGAGUUUGUGGGGGGAGGUUCCGCGGGCGGGGGGAAGGGGGAGUGGAUGAACGCGGUGGCGGAGAUUGUGAUUGGCGCAGAGGGGAGCGUGAGCCACGCGGUGAUCCAGAACCAACCCGCUAAAGACUGCUUCAAUAUCAAGAGAACGUUCGUCGCACAGGAGGAGAGCAGCAGGUACUCUCUGGUGGAGGCUCAGCUGGGGGCGGCGCUAUCCAGGCACAACCUGAAGAUGCAGCAGCUGGGGCGGCAGACGGAGACAAACGUGGACACGUUUGCGCUGGCGGGCGGCAGGCAGGUGCAGGAUCUGCACAGUAGCCUGGUGCUGGAUUUCCCAGGCGGCGUCACUCGGCAGCUGCACAAGUGCAUUGUAUCUGAUGCCACGGGGCAGUGCGUCUUCGACGGGAAUGUGAAAGUCAACAAGCUCGCUCAGCAGACCGACGCAGGUCAACUGUCCCGCAGCCUUCUUCUCGUUCCCCGCGGCACCAUCAACGUGAAGCCCAACCUGCAGAUCAUCGCGGACGACGUCAAGUGCACGCACGGCGCGGCCAUCAGCGACCUGGACGACGAGCAGCUCUUCUACUUCCGCACCAGAGGCAUCGACCAGAACACUGCUAGAUCUGCCCUGGUGUUCUCCUUCGCCGCUGAGGUGGUGGACAAGCUGCCGUACAGCGGGCUCAGGAAGCGGGUGGAGGAGACAGUGAAGAAGGCGCUCUCAGCACAAGGAGCCAUGGAGGCAUCUGUUGCUGCGGACCUGCAGGGAGCAACGUCAUAGAUAUUGUAAUUCUACAUCCACGGAUAUUCGUUUUGCGUGCCGGGUUUUGGAUGGGCACAUGUUUGGCAUGUUCAUGAGUACUAUCAUCACAUGUGCACACUUGAAUGUCACAAGCUGCCAUAAAUCAUUCUGCAAGCCCUGCUACAAGUGACAGAGAAGUGACAUAUGU